AUGUGGGUGAUUGAUAUGAUGGUUGUUAUUAGGUGCGUUUCUGAUAACCCGUCCCAACUCCAAUCACACCGUACUCAGACUCCCGAUUCGCGCUUUAUAACCCAAAACCGUCUGUCCCAGGGAUUUACGAGACCUCCCAACUCUGUUGUUAAUCUCCUCCGUUUUUCCAUAACGGCUCGAGCUGAAUCCCGGCUGAAGUUCUCAGAUGUAAGGCGGGCAUCCGCAUUACUUGGUCUAUCCUCGGCUCCAGCCGUUCGUGGUCUAACAGGACGUCUCGUCGCGGUCACUGUGACAGUAGAAGCGGUCUUUAUCGAUGGUGUAAUCGUUGCAGAACCAAACUCGGACAGCUGUGAAUUAGGUUACGAUUUCAGUGUGUGA